AUGGAUUCGUCGCGAAUCUUCGUUAAAGGUCUGCCACCGAAUCUCAACGAGGCCGACUUGCGCAAGCACUUCGCGUCCAAAGGUCAAAUCACAGACGUUAAGCUGAUACCUCACCGAAGGAUUGGAUAUGUUGGCUAUAAGAGCUCAGAAGAAGCUGCCAAUGCGGUCAAAUAUUUCAACCGUUCCUUUGUACGGAUGUCCAAGAUAUUCGUCGAGUUAGCAAAGCCCAUAGCCGAUCCCUCAUUGUCCAAGUCUAAAGAUAGGAAAAACAAGCCAAUCCCUGCUACGGGUGUCUCUCAGGAGAACACCAAACGCUCUGCGGAGUUGGAGUCACAACCCGAAAACUCGAAGAAGAGGAAGCGGGACGAGAUUAAUGAGUCCGACCCGAAACUGCAAGAGUUUUUAAAUGUUAUGCAGCCUGCGAAGACUUCAACAAGCAAGAUACACGGAGUUGUUACAGAGCUUGCAGAUGAGCCCCCUGCAAAAUAUGCAGCACUUGUUGAGGAGGGCGCGUCUGAUGAUGAAUACGAGGUUGUACCAAGCCGACGGAAAAAGAGCCAACCUGUGGAAACUGCAAAGCCGGCACAGACCCCAGAUAUUGUGGACCAUGGAGCGAAUAGCCAGCCUCGAACGGAGCCCCAUAUAAUUGAAGAACCUCAAGGGGAACCGAGGCCAGUUGUUAGUAGUGCUAUUGAGGCUACAACAUGUGUGUCUGCCACAGAUGAGGACUGGCUACGGUCACGGACGAGCCGAUUGCUUGACCUGGUUGACGACGAAGAUAUCGUGCCUAACGCUGCCCCUCCUGAAGAUCAGAUAUCUGUACCGCCAACCCAGGAGCAAGAGCCCGAGGUUGUUGAUGCUACUCUUGAUGAGGAUCAAGUCAUGAAAGACCCAACUCCUCAACCAGAUGAGCACGGGCCUGAGACAGAAACGAAAGACGAUGCCCUAGAUACAGUCCGUAAGACAAAGAGAUUGUUCGUGCGGAACCUUCCGUAUUCUGCUACCGAAGAUGAACUUCGGUCGUAUUUUGAGCGAUAUGGUAACGUUGAAGAGGUACAUGUGCCGAUGGAAAACUCGACCAACAAUCGCGGAAUUGGCUUUGUGCUGUUUGCUAGCUCAGAAGAUGCGACAAAAGCAUUCCAGACAGAUCGCUCUUCUUUCCAAGGGCGAAUAUUGCACGUUCUUCCAGCAUCAGCGAAACGUGAUCACAAUUUAGAUGAGUUCGCACUGUCGAAAUUACCAUUAAAGCAACAAAAUAUUAUUAAGAAAAGAGCUAAGGCGGCGGAAUCGAGAUUUAACUGGAAUUCACUUUUUAUGAGCCAGGAUGCUGUAAAUAAUUCAGUUGCAGAUCGUUUGGGGAUCUCAAAAGCAGAACUGCUUGACCCAACCAGCUCUGACGCAGCUGUGAAGCAAGCGAUCGCAGAGACUUCGGCGAUUCAAGAUACCAAGGCCUACUUUGUAGCCAACGGUGUCGAUUUGAACGCAUUCAAAUCGGGACCCCGGGGUGACACAGCCAUUCUAGUCAAGAAUUUCUCUUACGGCACUACAAUAGAGGAGAUCAGAACCCUCUUCGAAGAACAUGGUCAAGUAUUGAAAGUACUCAUGCCGCCGACAGGGACAAUAGCUAUUGUCCUGUUCGCCCAGGCCCCUCAGGCGAAAGCGGCUUUCGCCAAAUUAGCAUACCGUCGGUUCAAGGACUCGAUUUUGUUUCUUGAGAAAGCACCAAAAAACUUAUUUGUGGGUAAAGAGCCACAAUCUGAAACGGUGCAUACUAGAGAAGAGCCCAGUGCUGUGCAGAAGCUGUCGGCGUCUGAGCUACUGGAGAAGGAACCUGAAGAACCUAUUGAGUCAAGCUCGCUAUUUGUAAAAAAUCUCCAUUGGGAUACCACUACUGAGGAGCUUGCAAAUGAAUUCAAGCACCUCGAAGGAUUCAGGUCAGCCCAAGUGAAGACAAAGAAAGAUCCCAAGAAACCUGGCCAAGUGCUUAGCAUGGGCUUCGGCUUUGUCUCAUUUUCCGACAAGAAAACCGCCGAGGCAGCCUUGAAGAUUAUGGAUGGCUAUGUCCUUAGAGCACACAAACUUCAAGUUAGAGCUUCGCACCGCGGACGGGACGCCGCGGAGGAGCGGAGGAAGGAGGACAAUGCGAAGAAGGCCGCAAACCAAAGAACAAAGAUUGUGAUAAAGAACGUCCCCUUCCAAGCUAACAAAAAGGAUAUCCGGAUGCUCCUAAGCACAUAUGGCCAGCUCAAAUCAGUGCGCUUGCCCCAAAAAUAUAAUGCCACUAGUAAAGGGUUCGCCUUCGCCGAGUUCGUAUCGCCGAAGGAGGCAGAGUCGGCGCUGUUAGCCCUACAGGAUACCCAUCUAUUGGGUCGCAGACUCAUCCUCGAAUAUGCAGAAGCAGAAGCGAUUGAUCCUGAAGAAGAAAUCGCAAAGAUGCAAAGGAAAGUUGGCGGCCAAGCUAGUAAAAUGGCCCUGCAACAACUCACAGGGGCAGGCCGUAAACGGGUAAACCUAGGAGGUGAUGAAGACGAAGGGGAGAUCUAA